UUCAGGGAGGGGGUCGCCCGUAAAUGAUUGUUUUUCGUGUGUAACUUUGGUGAAAUGAAAGUGAUGGGUAAUUUUGGUCUGCUCGGCCCAUCGGGGGCUCGCGAGGGUGUCCGCACUGCAACAUGCAUGUCGGCCGUGUCAGACUGAUUUGCAUUCCCUCGUUAAAGUGAGCCCAGCCCUUUUCCCCCCGGGCGCUGCAUUCCCGUCGAAUGUUGGCUGUCUUGGCGAUAACAUGCCUGGGGAAACUUUUCUCAUGAGUGCGAGGGCGACAGCUGUGUGAAAACAGAGAGAAAGAAAAACAAUGAAAGACAUCAUAGGACUUGCAUCCCGUGCGAUGGCUGCCCGCACCUGCACCCUGUGAGAGCCUGGUGCGACGUGAAGGCGGAGAAGAUUGUCGUCCCCAGCUCCCCGUGUGACCAUCCAUGAGUUCAAGUAGUCGGAGUAGCGCUGUGAGGGGAUCUGGGUCUUAUCGGCACUCGGGUAGUCACAGCGGCCAUGGUAGUAGCCGUUCAAAAUGGCAAGGGAAUCGAGCUCACCGGUCCAAGGAUUUUCAUCAGGGCUUCGCACCAGGGGAUUGCUCUCCUAACGCGGGAAGCAGUUUGUCCCCAAAGGAUUCUGCAUAUUUAAGUCAGGAUUUUCCGAAGCAGAGUCUUGCACCAGCUGGUGCUGCUGGAAAUGGCCAGAAUGUAGAUUCUCAGGAACUGCGAAGAAGCUUGCCUCCUCAGCAGAUAAAUAAUUGUACUCAGGAGGGCUCUUUUGUAAGGUCCAUCUUUCCUCCUGAGAACUUAGCUUCAACAUCAACUGUGGAAACACAUAUGCCACGUCAAUCAAGAUUCUCACCCUGUUUAAAUUCUGAAUUGAGGUUAAGUCCAAACCUUUCUUCUACAAUUUUUUGCCAUAAUGAUGAAACAGAUGAUGACCAAAAAAGUGACAGUCCUACUCCAAAGAGAAGGCGUUUGUCUCACAGCCAAAUAGUGGAGAUGUCAGUGCCAAACCCUCCCUCCCCCCCUCAUGCCCGCGUAAAUACCUGGGAAUAUGGAACAAAUGGUAAUCAGCCGCCUCCAAGAAGGUCUCCUCGUUUGACUUCUGCUGCAAGGGGGCGAGGAAGCCCUCCUAUUCGUAGAAAUCGCUUUCGCGAGUCCGGAUCUGGGUGGACUCAGGACAAUUUUACUGCCACACCCCACUCAGCUCCUCCACCAGCUCAUGGAAACUAUGUGCCGACAACUUCUUCAGUGCCCACUCACCCAAGCCAUCAGCCUGCAAUUGUUGUUGAAGUUGCAACGGUUGGCCCUCCCAUGCCUGUACCUGUGCCAGUGUUCGGGACAGGGUCUUCUCCUCCACAUUUGCCUGCUGGACUUUACUCACCGCCUCCAUUCCCUCCAUCGUGUCAGGUGACACAGUUCAGCAACCCUGUGAGUCACCAACACAUCCACUACAGUCACCACCACCACCAUCCACCACCGCCCAGCCAUCUCCACAACCUUCACCAAGGCCCCCACCACGCUCCUCACCCCCACGCCCAUCCCCAUGCCCACCCUCAUCCACACCCCCACCAGCACCCUCACCAGCACCCGCACCCUCAUCAACACCCACACCAACACCCCCACGCACACCCCAGCCAGCACCACCACGGCCCCCCCAUAUACCCCCACGCCUACCCCCCAGGACCCCCCCACUCCCUCCCCCAGCCGUACCAUGGGGCCUACGGUGCAGGCCCCUUCAUGGCGCCCACCCAGCCAGGGUUGUACGGCCCCUCGCAGCCCAUGGCUCCCGCGGUCGUUCGGGGUCAGCACUACCACCCUCAUCCUAGCUCUCAGAGGAAUCCUGACAACAUGGAUGCUGCAAUUGUUGGCGACCAGAGCCAUCACCAUCACCCACAUCCUCAUGCCCACCCUCAUGCGCUCCCUCAUCCACAUCCUCACCCCUCGCUCACCCACACCCCCACCCGCAGCCCCAGCCCAUGUCUCAUGCCCACCCACAGCCACAUAACCACUCCCAUAGCUCAUUCCAUCACACUCAUUCCCCAAUGUCUGUGCUACGUCUAUUGCAUUCGACUGCAACGUCUACCUCACAAGUCUCAUCCACUUCAACGCCUGUGUAUAUUCCUGAGCAUAAUGGAACUGUGGAAAUUCUGACCACACGCUCAAGAGUCAUUGCUGCAGCAAAUCGACGAUCUCCUGCUCGCCGGCUCCAUUUGGUGUCAACUGGCACUUCUACAUAUCCUAACCUUCUGUUACAUUUUAUAGCCAUGCUAUCACCAACUAAUUCAACACACAUUCAAGGAGAUAUUGGUGCUUCAGACUCUUUAGAGACUGAAAAUUAUGAAGCACUUUUGAACCUAGCUGAAAGGCUUGGUGAAGCCAAACCACGUGGUCUCAAUAAACCAGAGAUUGACCAGCUUCCUUCCUACAAAUUCAAUGUUGACACACAUGAAGGUGAUCAAACAUCUUGUGUCAUCUGUAUGUGUGACUUUGAACUUCGUCAAGUUCUUAGAGUCUUACCAUGUUCCCAUGAAUUCCAUGCCAAGUGUGUUGACAAAUGGCUAAAGACAAAUCGAACUUGUCCAAUUUGCCGAGGAGAUGCUGCAGCUUUUUUACCACAGGCUGAGUGAGAUUCGCCAUGCGCCUAGAAGCUGUAAAUCUACUGCUCCACAAGAAAGUGAGAUGUGAUAGUGUGCGAGCCUCAUCACUCAGUGUAAGGCUGUGUUGUGAGUGACAGUAUUUUUGGCUUUCCUCAAGCAAUGGAAAUGAUAAUUUGUUUGACGACCUGCCGGGUACCUUAAGUGUAACCUUGUUUUGUGUGUAAUGUGCUGUUCUCUUGUGUUCAUGAUAGUUAAGUCCAUUAAGAAUCAUGUUAUGUGACUAUUGAGACUAUACUCAUGUGAACAGCAGCAUGUCAACAAAUAGAGGAGUUGUACAUAUAAGGGCAGUUAGAUAUUGUUCAGUGUUUGCCUGAUCAUUUUUGCCAGUACAUCAGAUGGUCUUUUACCAUUUCAGGAGAAUUUAGACAGAAGUUUUUGUGAGCUAAUUUUUGCUAGAUUUGGAUGGUACCACAUCUGUCUGUAUCGGCUGGGAUUGUUCUUUUGAACCAGGAAACUACUGUUUUUGAACUUUUGUACGUGUGUGUGCGGAUCACUCUAUUGUUCUGGUAUUUGCUUUCCAAGUAAAUUGACUUGCCCACUUGUCAUCUCUCUAUUUGACAAAUUCCCUCAGUGGUGUGUGGUGUGGAUAGCUAUGUGAGGAAUUUAGCUGUGCUGUUGACAGUACCAAAGUCAUGCAAAUGAUUUUAGUAGGGUGCUUUGGGUGGUUAGUUCUGAGUGUCUAUAACAUAAAUACACCCCCUCUCUUGUUUUUGGUUGUGCCAAAUAUGCACAUAUCGUCGAUUAUUCCUUUAUCGUUGAGGGAUCAUCAGUUUUCUAGCUGUGAAGGCAAAGUAUUCAUAAUUAACAGUAUGAGGUAGACAUAUUUCUGUGUCAGUUGUCACUUGCUAGAAGUCAAGAGACUGAAUUGCACAAUCUAGCAUUAUUAUUUGUAAAGAUUGCCUAUUUUGUAAAGAAAGCACAUUUCCAACCCACAUUCAACUCAGGCCCUGUAUAUGAGUGUUUCUUUAGCUUUAUUGUAUCUUGUGUUAUCAUAAUUAAAGCAAUACAACCUAGGAAACUCCUUAAGUCAUGAUUAUUUGGAUUGGCUGAUGCAAUUCUCCUGAGACAAUUUAAGUUCUUAAAGGUUUAAUUUAGGUUAUAUUUGAUCUGGCUGUGAAAUUGCUUUCUACAUCAUGUGUAAAUUUAUCAUGAGUUCUGAAUAUUGCAAUAUCUUAUCAAAUUGUUUCUACCCUUUGAAAAAGUACCUUAAUAUCUAAUAUUAGAUGCAAAAUAUCUACACCCCUUUCAAAGAGCCUGAUUACAGUUUUAAGGGGCUGUAGUUAUUAUUGUGAAUCAGUAUAGAAUAAAGUGUUAAUUACUUUGCUUGAAAGUUUCCAAUAUUUAGCUGUCCGUUAUUGUAGAGGGUAUCUGAAAACUGUUUUACAGUGCAUCACUUUCCAUUUACUACAUUAGGGUUUACAUGGAUAUGGUAUUGUCUCUUUGAAGAAUGUUGUGCGAGCUAGUGUCACUGCACAUUGUGCACAUUUGUGAAUGAAUUCAGGCAAGUGUUGGCUGACUUCCUUGGUUUUUGGUACAUGUUGCAACCACAAAAUGUAUCAUAACUGAGAAAUAUUCAGCAUUUAUUUGAUUAUGUUAUUGUUUGGUAUAUAAAAUUAUUUUGAUUUGUUUUCUAUGGUGUUGUGUGUUCUUAAUGAGAUCAAAUUUAUAUCUAUUGAGGGGUUACAUUAUGUUACGUAUAAAGCUUUGCUUGCACCUGUGUGAAAUGAAAUAAUAUUCAGCCUGUUCCCUGUUUAUACUGUAUAGUCUAUUUAGUUAAGGUGCACCUCAAGCCUUUUAGAAUUUAUCAAAGAUUUAAUUCUGUUGUUUUCUCUUUAACAAUAUACAUUACUAUGCUUUAAAUGCAAAACUCUUAUUUUGAUUUAUUAUAAACGUUGUAUUUUUUAUUAAAAAUGUGUUGUUUGCCUGCAAAAUUGUGUUAUGUAAUAGUAAUAAUCUAGGUUUUGUGCAAAAGCACUCAGUUUAUAAAGUACAAAGUGGAUUUUAUUUGUAACUCAGAUCCAUGUAACAAUGUAUCUUAUUCCAUCAAACCUGCUCAUGUGCUAUCGUCUUGGUUAAGGUUGGUCACAAGUGCAGAAAAUGACGGAUAUUUCAGCAUACGUAACUGAUUUAGGUUGUUUGUGGGUGAGUGUGUAUGUUGUAGUGUGUGAGUGUGCAUCUUUGGGAACAUAGAUACGUGCUUUGGAGUUGCUUGUUCUAUGCUUCGGAUGUUUAUCACUACAAUCGCUGUGAUUUGUAAUUCCAGUGGGAAAUUGUCAUUUUAGGUUUUGGUGUAAUUUCUUUUGUGAAUGUGCCAGGAUUUUCAUGGAAAACUUUGAUUAAUGAAGCAAUCUGCACUUCUACAUCAUUUUAAGAACUGCCUCUGAGGUAAAUGUGCCAAAAUUGAAGUUUCCUUAUGAGCGCAGAAUAUGACUUAACAAAUUGAUUUAAGAGCUCAUUUUAAUUGUAGAAUGUAAGUUAGCUGUCUCAUGACGGCACACUUCAUCUUAAAAUGUGAGUGAAUUAGCUUUGUUUUUCUGCCUAGUAAUUUUUAGCCAGUGAUUUUCUUCUACAUUUACAUACAUUCUAUAUUGCUCAAGCACUAUCAUGCUGGAUAAAAGUAGACUGACAAACUGGUGUUGUGAGAUGCUGUAAAUGUGUACUCAAGCUUAACAGGGUAAUGUUUGAUGUAUGAUCUGUGAGUGCUUUCUGCUGUCUGUCUUUAUUCAAAGUGCCCAAAAUAUUUAGGAAGCAGUUCUUGGAACAAAAGCCCCAAGGAAGCAACGAAAGUAGUUCUUCUCUUUAUGUGGUAGGUAGAUACUGCCCCUGAUAUCCAUACUCAAAUCUGAUUUUUUUAUGUUUCAACUUGGAUUACCCCUUCAAAUGGGUAUGUUUACUGUGUUUACUAAAUUUCUUUAAAUCUUAGUUAUUUUCAUUCAAUCCAUUAACGCUAGAAAUCUUGGACCAGAACACGAUCUAGAUUUAAUGAUACUUGUGUCCAUUGCAGUUAUGCUCUCUCAAUCUAAAUAAUAAAUCUACCUGUAGAUUUACCGGUCAGUGCUGUGGUGUACAGCAUCUAUAACUCCUCCAUGCUUACCCUCUACCGUUUUUUAAAACUACACUUAAUGGUGUUACUCGUUUUUAAUGUUCCCAAUAUUGCCUGGUCCAACUUUUGUUUUAAAUUAUCCUAGUUUUACUUUUGCAGAGUAUGUCAUUUUAAUGUUAGUCACAUCAUUUUAUAAGUAUCUGUGGCCCUGACUUGCUUAGUCCUGUUCAGUUGUGUUGCUGUUAUGUUACCAGAUAGUAAGUUUAAAAGGUUUUCUUGCACUACUGUUUUUGUCUUCUUAAGCAGAAGCAGUGAAGUUACCAGUUGAAGCAUCUCAUAAAUGGUAAUAAAAAGUUAUCAAGUAGUUUUAUUCUCUUGUGUGUGAUUUCUUAGUUUGUUUUAAUAAUGCAACUGCUUUUGAACUCUGCUUCCAGAAAGUGUCUCUUGCUUCCAUAACCAAACAGAUCUCUGUUAAUUAUUGUUCACCAGAUAAUCCAGGUCUAAGGUCAUGAAGGCAAGCUGAAUGUUUCAGAACCCUAUGAAGAGAGGGGCCUUUAUUAUUUGUGAAGUCCUCGGGGUAUUUUUGAGGGCCGUGUGCAAUCUGAAACCAAACUAAAAUUUGAAAAGUUUGUUCAGCUUGCUGUGAAAAUAUUUCAGGGCUGUGAGUGACCUGGAUCAUCUCCAGUGACUGUUGAUUUGCCAAAGAAAGAUUUAGAGCCAUCUCAGUAAUAUAGUGGGAAAUGAGAAAAGUGUCUUGUAUCUAAAGGGUAUUGGCUGUUCCAUGUGUGAUUUGUUUUUAUCUUACUGCAGUCAGACUGCUUUGGAAGCUGUUAGUUAGACUCAUUACCCCUUUUCAAUUGUAAUGUUUCAAUAUGCAAGCGUAGCUGUACAUACUUUUGUGGUAUCGAUACUGUGUUACAUGUAAUAUUCAUAUGCUAAAUGGUUUCCUGCCUCUUUCUAUCAUGCUUUCUUUCUAAAACAUUGUCUGUGAUGCUUUUUUUCUUUGUCUUUGUAUUGUUUGAAAGUAAAAGUUUCAUAUUCACCAGCCACUUGUAUUUGAUUGAAAUAAAAUAUUCAUAAUAUAAAGUAGUAACUCAUGUUUUACUGUAUGGAACUAACUUUAUGCAAUCACUGAUGUUAGUUUUUAUUUUACACUUCUCCUGUGCCUUUACUUGUUUGGGGGCAAGUAUUGUUUAUUAUUUUUCUAUGAGUUUGUAAAGCUAUAGUUAAUGUUUGAUUUGUGUGUGUCGGUGAAAUCUGUUGCAGUAGUUUGUGGGCUCAGGAUAAAUUCAUCUAAUGUUUUCCUUUAAAAUCAUUUAUUGUACACUUUUUUUGAGUCACCUCAAUGUGGAAGGAAUAAGUAGAACUACAUAAAAUGUUUUUCUUCAGCAUGGAUUUGAUGUACUUCACUGAAUAAAUAGUAGCCUAAUUCCCUCUA